ACAUAGCUGUUUUUUUAGCUGUGUAGCCCCCGAAGUAUUUAAGGGUGGAAUACGGACGAUGGUUACUAGGCAGGGCAAUGUUUUACGGGUUGCCCCUGGCAACCACAUGACCAUUUGGAGACCACGCGGACUAGGAAUAUAUAUCCAGCGAGAGUCAACUAUAAUGGACGAACCGGUCAGCAAUCAGCCAACGGAGAAUGCAGCAGCAGCGGAGGAGGAGGAGGAGCAGGAGGAAGAGGAGCCUCUGAAGGGUUUUCUGGAGGAGGUCAACUGCCCGGAACCCGGCAUCAUAGAUCGUCCCAUGAUCGAAACCGCCUAUCUGGAGGAGGGACAAAAGGGCGAAGCUAGACGUCUCCACCAACUGGAACCAGUGGUUUACGAUCGCAUUACCACCAUGCGACUGGAAUUCAAAAAUAUUCUGAGGAUUGAUCAUCUCUGGAUGAUGCCCAAUCUCACAAAGCUCUGCUUAAAUUGCAACAAAAUUGAGGUCAUUGAGCAUCUUAACAUGCUGACUGCUCUUAAAGAUCUCAAUCUCAGCUUCAACUACAUAACAAGGAUUGAAAAUCUAGAAACUCUGGUCAACUUGGAAAAACUUUCCCUAUUCAGCAAUCGUAUUCGUAAAAUCGAGAAUAUCCAUACCUUGGAGAAACUUGUUAUUCUCAGCAUUGGCAAUAAUCUUAUUGAUACUGUCGAGGGGAUUGAACGUUUGCGUUUUGUGGGCAGCCUUAAAGUUCUCAACCUGGAAGGUAAUCCCAUUGCCAAACUACCCGAUUUCCCUUUAUCUCUUUAUGUGACUGCCAUUCUGCCCCAGUUGAACUACUACGAAUACGUUUUCAUCAAGGCUGAGAAGCGGGAAGAAGCACAGAAGCGUUUCUACCGUGAAUUACGCGAAAUCGAGGAUAAACAGGAGAGGGAAAUUCAAGGACUUGAAACAGCGGCUCGUGAAAUGGCGGAAGCGGAUCGGUUGGCCUCCAGUUUUGUGGAGCACCUGGAUGGUCAGCAGUUGUUCGAGUCCUUUUGGCGAGAUGACGAAGAUGGACGCAGCCUAAUGUUGGUGGGGGCACAAGCUCAGGAACUCUACGAGGAGUACUCCAAGGAUGUGCACGAACUCACCCAGCUGAUCUAUCGCCUUGGCUUGGAGCGCUUUGGUGAGCGGGAUGAGGAGAUACGUGACUUUAGGACCAACCUUUAUGAAGGACAAGAGGAGCUACAAUCUCAGGGACAACGGCAAAUAGAGGAGUUCCUGCAGUACAAGGAUAAAACUUUUGACGAAAUGCGUCUCAAGUGGAGAGAACUCGAUCAACGCGACGAAGAUUUGGAGGAGUUGCAAACCCAGUUGGACAGUCUCAAUGAAGCAUUUGAAGAUGCCCUAAAUGAAAUGUGGCAAAGUCUGAUGGCUCAGGAACUUCAUCUUCAUGAGGCUAUUGAGGACUCCACGCUAAACUUCAAUCGCAAGAUCUCCGAACUUAUGGCCAGUUUCGUGGAGCAGGCUCAGGUAUUUUUCCAGCAGCUCCGAGAUCUUUGUGCUCACUUCGCCGACAACAUGACGGAAAUUGUAACCCAGUUCCUGUCCACCAAGCUUGCUCGCAAUGAUCUGAAGGCCAUUCCUAAAGAACUGAGAAAGUGUGUGGAUGAUCGCGAGGCAGUUCUUCAAUUAGUGGAGGGAAUGAGGACAUUCCAUACCUCAAGGGUGGAUGAACGCGAGGAUCGAAUGGUCCAUCGCAGUAGGGAGUUUAUCGAUGAAAUGAUUCAACAGCUUAACAACAAAGAAGUAGACCGCCACCGAGCCAAAAUUCUGGAGAUCAACUCAUUUAUGGAAAUGAUGACAGAGGCUUUGGCCAAUCUGCCAGGCGAAUUGCACCAGAAAGACCCGUCUGAUUAACAAUUUUAAUACACAUAUAUGUACAUAUAAAAUAAAUGCAAGUUUGAUCACCUA